CUGAGCUUGUUCCCCGGGUGUCUGGGCUUUUCACCGGGGCAUAACCCGAUGUCCUCUGCGGGGAAAUGGAGCGACAAUCCGGCUCUGAACCCGAGGAUCCAGGCGGCGCUGCGCAGAGUGACCCUGACUCAGGAGGAGAUUCUGGCUCUAAAUCCUCUGGUCGUCCAAAGAGCCACAGGUUUGAGCCUCAGCGAUGUACAGAGUCUCCGCCAGGCAACACGAUCCUGCUCUGCCCCUCAGACAGCUCUGCUCCUGACCCCCGCUGUGACCCUGAGCUCCGGGUGCAGUUCCAUAGACAGGCUGCUGCGUGGUGGGCUUCCUGUAGGGGGCGUCACAGAGCUGUUUGGGCCCAGUGCAGUGGGAAAGACUCAGCUGGCUCUGCAGUUCUGUCUGAGUGUGCAGUAUCCCCCCGAGCACGGAGGACUGGACUCGGGGGCGGUGUACGUCUGCACAGAGGACAUGUUUCCUUCUCGUCGUCUGCAGCAGUUGAUUUCAGAACAGUCUGUUCUUCGUUCUGACGUUCCCCUGAGUCUGACCCCGAAGAGCCUCAGCGACAGAGUGUUUGUGGAGCACGCCGCCGACCUGCCCUCCCUCCUCUCCUGUCUUACUCGCCGGGUCGUGCUCCUCCUCUCUCGCGGUCUCGUCCGAUUGGUCGUUGUGGACUCUGUCGCCGCGUUGUUCCGCUCUGAAUUCGAGGCGUCUGAUUGGCUGCAGAGACACCAGCAGCUAUUGGCCGUCUCCUCCGCCCUCCGGCGAAUCAGCCGCCAGUUCAACGCACCCGUGCUCUGCAUCAACCAGGUGGUGGACCUCAUGAACCCGGAGCAGGACCAGGCUUUGGGCCCCGCCCCUUCGUCCUUUGGCCCCGCCCUCGGUCUGGCCUGGUCCAAUCAGCUGACGGUGCGGCUGAUGAUGCGUCGGGAGGAGGGACUGCUCGUUCGUGGAGACCAGAGCUCCACCCCCCGAAGCCUCCAGGUGAACUUUGCCUCACACCUUCCCAGCGCUGACCAAUCACAGGGCAGCACGGCCUCCUCCGGCCAAUCACAGGGCUGUGUCAUCAUUGGGGUGUGGAGGGAGGGGCUGAGAGGGGAGGACCAAUCACAGCAAAGGGAAAUGGACCAAUCAGGUGCAUCUGUGUAAAGAAGAUCUGAAGAUGGACCAAAGAUGGCGUCGUGUUGU